AUGAGCUCUUCUUGCCAAUUCCACCUUGAACAUGAUAACAUGGAGUACCACCUUCACAUGGAAAUCUGGAAAGGAAAUAUUAAUAAAGCUCUGAAUAAUGCCAAAGAGAGAGAUGAGCUUUCUGAUUGGUUGGUUGCAAUGGCUCCAUUGGCAUCUCAUGCAACCUGGCUUUCAGUGUGUGAAGAUUAUGCCCACCAAUUGGAAUCAGAUGGUCAAUACCACAAGGCAGCCACUUACCUGAUGGCCUGUCAUCGCAACUAUGAUGCCAUUGAUUUGUUUAAAAGGCAUCGUUUAUACAAAGAGGCAGUAGCUUUUGCCAAAGUUCGUUUGUCACCCUUUGACCCUGUUUUUGAAGAUCUCUACAAUUCCUGGGCACAACAACUUGCCAAAGAAGGAAAUUAUGAACAAGCAGCAAAAUGUUUUCUUGCAAUUAAGCAGGUAAAAGAUGCAAGCCGAUGCCUUAGUAAACGUAAUGACCCCAUCUGUCUGCGUACAGCUGCCCACAUAAGUUUGAUUGCUUCAGAAAAGCAAAAUGGAUUUUUGUUAGCACAUAAGGUUAUCUGUCAAUAUUUGCAGAAGAUGCAAUAUCAAGAAAUUUACAACUUUACACAAGAACAUCAUAAUCUUAAGGUUUUUACACUUGUCACCAGCCUGCAUGAAUUAAUGAUGUCAGUAUUAGCAUCUCUGAUGCCAAAUGCUGCUUAUGUAAAAGAUAAUCCUGGGUUUGUGAUUCCUGAAAUAAAAACUGCUUCUUCAGACAAUGGAAAAACCCAGCUUCCUGAUUUCAUUCUUGACAGUUGUGAUAUGGAUCCAUUGUGCCCUUGGAAACCAUUCUUGAUCAACAAUCAUACAUUUCUGAAUUAUGUUUUGCGAAUGUGGCACAGUUGCAUGAAUGUUGACCUGAGCAGCAACAGUAACAUUGAAGAAAUGUAUAGCACACUGAACACUCUCAUCUCAAAUAGGCAGAACAUGCUUAAAACUGACCAGUUAAUGAUCCAGAACUGCAUUGAUCUGACCCUUUGUCUUCUGGCCUUGUUACAAGCAGAAACAACCUCUGCUAUAAAGCACCUCCUUCAGAUGAUGUCCAGCCUUCAUGAUGUCGGACAGUUUGAGUUACUUCAGGUUAUUUCUCAAUUGUGUCUUCCACAAGGACCAAAAUACUUUUUGAAAUUGCAACAAGAAGUCACGGCAAUACGAAAACCACAAAAUGAACUUGCUAAAACAACGCCUGUCGACUUGGAGGUCAGCAAUUCCAACCAUUCGGUUAAAUAUGUAAAUAGUUCAAGUGGUGAGAAGGUGAACAUGAUAGAGGAAGGGUCAGUGUCACUCCAACAAGAUGCAGUACGUCUGCAAGCACCUGACCUGAUCCCCACAGGACAUGAAUCAUCUCCCUCCCCAUCAAACCCAUCCCCAAAUGAAGAAACAACAAUUUCUUCACCCCAACUUGUAAAAGAACUGCUUUCCAAACAGUCUUCUUUCCCUUCAUCAAAUGUGUCUUCUUUAUUGCCGUCUUCGCAUUGCUCUUCCCCAUGUUGUCAAGAUGAGGAAUCUUAUCGUUCUGCAACUAAACCACGUAAAAUUUUAUGGAAGGAUGAUCCACCUCUUCGCAGUCAGGUGUGUCCCUUGCAUAAGAAAUACAUCAAUGUUCCUGAUUCAUGGUAUGAUUUGCCUGUUGAUAAGAAAUAUGGUCAACAAUGCAUCAACAUGGGCAUUUUGCUGGAUGAACAAGAUUUAGUAAUGUCAGAAUUAAAACAGGGACCAGAGAAUCCAACGCAGAUUCUUUUUCCACAUCCGCUGUCAACUGCUCAACUCUUAUUGAAUGUGAUUCAGAAAAGUGAAGACUUUGAUCAUUUGGAAAAAUUACAACUUCUUGAAGACAUUCUUUCCUGGGCAAUGGAAUAUUCUUGUACAAGUGAGCAGCAGCAUAUAUUCCAGAGCUUAAAGGAACAGAUAAACAUAUAA